CAACCACACAAAAGCAAGUCGUGGUGUAGCCGCUUUGGACGGCGAUCCAGAUACAGAUUUGUGGAAAACAUCAUAAAACAGAAAGGCAAUUGGACCACUAUGGCUACCUCACAACAGGUCCGAGCCGCUUUGAUCGUGGUGGAUAUGCAAGAGGACUUCUGCCCGCCAUCUGGAUCCCUUGCGAUUGAAGGUGGCCGGGAUAUAGUACCCAAGAUCAAUGAAUUACUCCAACUUCCCGGCUUCGUCCUACGAAUUGCCACCAGAGAUUAUCAUCCGCGUGAUCACAUUUCAUUUGCUUCGCAACACGAGGACAAGGAAGUCUUUGCGGAACACGUCAUAAACAGUCCGGAGAAUGAUCAGGAGUCGCAGACAAUAUCAUUAUGGCCUGACCACUGCGUACAAGGUACGCCCGGCUGCGAAUUGAUCCCCGAGCUCAAGCACGAUCGAAUUAUGCUCAUAAUCGAUAAGGGACAAGAUCGUCGCGUUGAAUCAUAUUCUGCAUUUGGUCCCCCGUUCCGAAAUCCUCGCGUGGGAACGAGCGAUCUUCAUGAUGUGCUCCAGGAGGCUGGCAUCACGCACGUCUUUACCGUCGGUUUGGCAUAUGACUAUUGUGUUAGAAGCACAGCCAUCGAUGCGGCUGAGCAUGGUUAUAAGACUUUCGUGAUUGAAGAUGCGUCGAGCUCAGUAGGAAGCAAGCCUUCCGAUGCGGAGAAGACGAGGCUGGAGUAUAGGGAUGGAAGCGUGACCAUCAUUCGAUCAGAUUCGAAGGAGCUUGAUAUUGUUCGGUAGUCUCGAGGCUAUUCCUCGUUGAGAGACUGCUCGAAGAUCAGACACGCGCCGAUUAGGAAUCGUUGAAUGACGACUAUGUGAUCGUUGUGAUCGUUAUGGUCUGUUUUCGUUGAAGAAAUAUCCAGUGAUUUCCAAUCCGAUGCGAUGUCGAUUCAGAAUUCAGCGGGCGGGAGCAUGACUGCUGGAAUGCCUUUGGUUGUU